AUGGUACCGCAGGAAAAGAUCCGGCCCAUCGACAAGAAGCUGCAGUACCAGAUCGAGAAGCUGCUCAGGGCGGCGGCCGCGGUCAGGGCGGCCAACGGCGGCGGCGACGGCGGAGGUGGCGACGCGGCGGCUGCGCUGGAUGGCGGCGGCGACGACCCGCUGCGCUACGGCCCCCGCCCCGACGCACUGCUGGCCAAGCAGACAG